AUGGUGAUUGCUUCACUUUUAUACAGAAACCCACCGAAACGAAAAUUUUCAAUCAUUUUGCCCGGAGCAGUUCGUGAACAGAUUGCAGUUAUUUCCAAUGUUUUGUUGAUUGCUUUCAUAAGCACGUAUUUCCCGAUAUUGCUGUUCAGAUUUACAAUAAGACAUUUAUAUUUUGGUUACAAAAGAUAUUUGUUCGAGAAAGAAGGGAACUAUUCAUUUUCGACAAAAGUGUGGUUUAUAUUUCAUCGCUUAUUCAAUAAAUUAUCACCACAGUUGUAUUCGUGUGAAGGGUUAUUGCCAACUUUACCACUUCCAUCGCUUAAAGGUACGGUCGCCAGAUACCUCAACAGUGUAGAACCUCUGCUGAGCCUUGAAGAAUUUACGGAUGUAAAAAAGAUGGCUGAGAAUUUUUUAAAAAAUGAAGGAUGGAAACUUCAAGGAUUAGCUUGGCUCUACUGGUGUUUUGUUGAUAAUUAUGUCACUGACUUCUGGGAGAAAUUCGCUUAUCACUAUUCGAGGAAAGGCAUUCUGAUAAAUAGCAGUGUUGCACAUUUAGAUAUUUUCGAAGGUGUGCCAGCCAAUCAAGCCGUUCGAGCAGCUCAUAUUGUAUUGUUGGAAACUCUAAGCAUGCUAUCGGUUGAUCGGGAAUCUCUACCACCUGUAGCUGGUGGAGUUAUUAGUUUAUCACACCUGUGGAAGUGCUACGGAACAACACGAGUACCGGGAGAGAUUAUAGAUCAUUUGGAAGUGUAUUGUGGAACCACACGCCAUAUAAUUGUUUAUCAUCGAGGUUGUAUUUAUAAAUUGAAUGUUUUUGAUGAAAAUGGUCGUAUGUUCGGUUUGGAAGAACUUACUGAGAUAUUUUCGGAAUUGCUGACUCGCGAUGAAAGCGCUGGAAAAGUAGAAGGACGAAUAGCGGCAUUAACGACCGACUCUCGAAACCAGUGGUGUUUGAACCGCCGUCGAUUUUUUCUGGAAAAUGCUAUAAAUCGUGCUUCUUUAGCCGUAAUAGAAUCGGCUAUUUUUUCUCUGAUUCUUGAUGACGCUAAAUACAGCAGCGACCCAGAAGCGCUUGAAAUUUUCUUGAAAAAUAUGCUAACUGGUGAUGGAAGCAAUCGUUGGGCGGACAAAUCAUUAAAUUAUGUCAUUUCCAGUAAUGGAAGGUUAGUUUUUAGUGUGGCGGAACAACAGAACAUUCAGUUGCCGAUGGAGCAGAAUUUGCUUACAUUUUCGAAAAUUAUCUUUCCUCAGAUCUCCACAUCAUUCAUCAUUAAAUAUCCAAAAGAAGUGAAAGAGGUGGUGCGUCUCAACAAUUUUCCUGCAACGAAAAAUUAUGCUGUUCGACUAAAUUUUGAUAUUAACGAGCAGAUGAAGGCAGAGAUUAUCCGUUGUUAUGCCAGUUAUCAGGAACAAAUCAAUGAUGUCGAUGUAGCCUGCCUUGUCUUCCGUGACUUUGGCAAAGGCUUUAUCAAGGAAUCUCGCAUUUCACCUGAUGCAUUUGUUCAAAUGGCUAUACAAUUAGCGAGCUUUAAAGAUCAAGGCAAAUUUUCUCUGACCUACGAAUCGACAUCAGCAAGAUUUUAUGCAAAAUCAAGGACAGAAACAUUACGUUCCGUAACAAAAGAAUCAUGCGCAUUUGUUAAGUCAAUGGUCAGCACAGAGAGCAGCAACGAAGAACGCGUUAAAUUAUUGAAGGAAGCGGCUGGAGUUCACGUAAUUAAUAGCAAGGAAUGUUUAACUGGAAGUGGUGUUGACCGACAUUUAUUUGUUCUUCAUAUUUUGAGCAAAAUGACUGGCAUAAACAGUCCAUUGUUGAAUUACUACAUAGCUCAACCUUGGGAACUUAGUACAAGCCAGACACCGAAUAUGACACGUCAAAUAAAUGAAGACGAACAUCCAAACCUUUCAUGGUUUGGCGCUGGUUUCCAGGCUGUUUGUAAAACUGGAUAUGGUAUCAGUUAUCGUUUUGCUGGCAAUCAUUCAAUAUGUAUGAAUAUUGCCUCCUAUAAGUCUGCCGAAAAUACGGAUUCACACCGACUUAGACAACAUUUGAUACAAUCAAUGCACGAAAUUUCUGCCAUGUUCAGGAUUUAA